UUUUGCUACUGAUAACCACUGUACUGGUCUUUCGGUUAAACCGAAUGAAAAACGGAGUCCUGCGCUGCUUUACACCGUUACAGCUUUCGUGACUCUCAGGUCAAAACGGCGUUCAUUUGAACGUAGCUUGUAAGCUUAAAUGUCGUGUCAGUAACCGUCGUACCAAACGUUAAAAAUACUGUAACUCGAAGUUUAAAUCCAAAACAUUUAACAAACUGGCGACAUGGCUUCGAAGAGUACAGGGAAAUUCUUCACACAGGUGACUGUUUCGGGAUCCAGUGUACCACUUUCGCCGCAACUACAGAAUAAACGUUUAAACAGAAUUCCGGAUGGACGACAACUACAGCGAACUCCGCCAUCGAAGAAUGCGAACACACCGAUAAGUCAUAAAUCAGAGCAGCCAAGUAACACAGCGGCGAAAGUUUUAAUCAGGACCGACGCAGAGCCAGGUCCAGUCGGCAACAUCUCCCGUGGGUCAGUUGAAGCGCCUUGUCCCUCCGUGAAGGAGGAGAGGAAGUCAUUCCUCAGGUCCAGUACUACACCGAUGUCAGCCAAGAUGGGGGACGCAGACGCUGAGGUCUUCAUCCAAGGAAUGCAGGGCUAUCAGUGGACGGAAUCGGAUCUGGAGUUUGUCCACCAGGCCAGGCAGCGGCAACGAGUUCAGCAGCUGCAGCAUGAGCUGGGUGAGGUUCAGAAGACUCUGAAGGAUGAGACUCAGAGGCUGGAGCUAGCUAAGGCUUCCCGAGACAAGCUCCAGAGAGAGCUCUCUGAGACUCCGUCCUGUAAGCUGCUGUUUCAGCUCUGUCAAGAUCUCCUCUCGCAAUCCCAGCCAGCCCCUGAGCUGCACGCGCCAGGGGACGGAGCGCCAGGGGACGGAGCGCCAAGCCGCAGUGUGCUGGAGGACAGGAAGCUACUGUCACAGCUGCAGUUGGCCGACGUGCAGCAGGCCGUCUACCGUGAGGUCGCGGAGGUCGCACGUCUCCAGCGAGAGCUGGCCAAAGCCCAGGAGCUAAGAGCAAAGGAGGAGCAGGCCAUGAAGGAGAUGGAUAACUGCCAAAGGAGAAUUACCACCGUCAAGGAAAACAUAAAGGCCCUGAAACUUGCACUGACAGAGUUAAAGUCCCAGCUGUCUGAGAAGGAGAAAGCCUCUAAAGCAGUUCCACUACAGGAGAAAGCCUGCAGGGCCCAUAGAACAGUUAAAGCCCAAGCAACAUCUGAUGGCCCAAAAGCCCAAAAGGAAAAGAAACCAAAGGAGAAAACACAGAAGGAAAUGAAGAUAUGUCCAGAUGGUAUGAAGGAAGCUAAAAAGCAAAAUCUACAACCUGCAGAGACGGAGGUCAUUGCUCGCUCUCUCAUUUUUACAGAGGCCUUGCCGGCAGCACGAGGACUGGAAAAAGCCCCAAAGGCGCCCAAAAUGUCUAAAUCCCCUGCUGUUGCCGCUAUCCUUAAGGCCCCAAAGGAAAAGGCCCUGAAGGACGAAGCCUCAAAGGAGAAAAUCCCAAAGGACAUUACCCCCAUCAAGGAAUCCCCAACAGUGCCUCGAGGAUCAGGAAAUUCCCACACAGCAGCCAAACCCUUGAAAGCUCUGCUCUCCCCAAAGGCCUCAGAGGGGGAUGCAAGACCCCUUCGGCGGUCAAAAAGGAUCGCCAUGCAGAACCAGAGCCUGUGUGCUGCGGAGCCUCAGAAAACGGCCUGCUCCCGGCGGAGAUGAGCACCAAAGUACAGAAUACCACCGUCACCUCUUCGCAUAGGCUGGAGGUGUGUUCCUGUGCUGGUUACACACACUCAAGCUGUGCCAGAAUAAACAUGGUAUGCCAAGAGACUGAAGAGACAGCUUCUGCUGUUCAUGAGGGACUGAAGACUGUCCACUGAGAGACUGAAGACAGCCCCUCCUGCUAUUUGCACUCAGCGAAAGACCUAAAACCGCGUGUGAGGGUGAAUCAUAAACUUCUAUAUGCGCUCCAGUAUAGUUAUUUUUAUUUAGUUAUAUAUACUUUUUUUUUUUUUGGUGUUGUUUGUUUUUGUUUGUUUGGGUUUUUUUUGUAACUUGUCAUACUUUUUUUUUUUUUUUUUGUCCUCAAAGAUAUGAUUGUGUUUGGCCUGCGUUGGUUUUAUGACAUAUUUUGUAAAAAGUGUGCUAUAAGAAUUGCAUAGAAAUAAAUGACUAUCCCUUAA